AUGAUCGCUGUUGCACCCUAUUUAUGUGAUUCUUCAUCCGACCCGGAUCUUCUCCCGCCCUUUAUACGCAUGUGCACUAGCUAUCGGAGAUCCAACGGAAGAACCUCUUACAUUCCAACCUCUUACAGAUCUCAAUCCGACUAUGCCAUUGGCAUCGACCCUUACUACCCUAGUUCGAGCGACCACUUGGACUUCGCCUGUGCUAAGGGAUAUCUCAAACAGUUCAACUUGACAGACUUUCCUGAUUUCAGAAGCCCAAAUUUCAUGAAAGUUAUCGAAAUUUACAAAGAGUUGUUGGCCACCUGCCCCGACGCUGGGGCUGUUGGUCAUGUGUUCGAGUGGCAUACCGGAAUAUCAAAAUUGUCACCAGCCAAUUGGGCAUUUGGUAAUGAGCACGUUCAUUUAUGGCUGACUCAACUGUUUCUCUGGUGCCAUGAAGCAGAAAACCACGACAUCGUUCUUGACUUCGAGAACAAAGCGAUUUCAGCUAUGAGCGAUGGACAUGCUGAGGAAGACUGGGGUUGUUGUGCAAAUUGCAAUCGCACAGAUCCUAUCCAGCGAUAA